UACGUGCUGGCAACAUUGUAAGUCAAACGUGGCGUCCGGUGUCGUCGUCGUGUGCGAUUCAUUUCUUUGUAAAGGACUCAGCUAAAAGCUCGAAAUGUAUCUGAGAAGUGUGUGCCUCGCUCUUUUCUCUCUAUUGUCCGUUAUGCACAUUUGUAUGGGACUUUACUUUCACAUUUCUGAAACGGAACGCAAGUGCUUCAUAGAAGAGGUUCCAGAGGAAACGUUAGUUGUCGGCAACUACAAGUGUCAGCUGCAUGACCCCAAGACGGGAGGUUUCAUGCUCUCGAGUCCGGGCAUCGGGAUGCACGUGGAAAUUCGAGAUCCCGAAGACAAGACUAUCCUCUCGAAAGUGUACAGCUCGGAAGGGCGUUUCACAUUUACGUCCCACUCCCCAGGAGAACACAUGAUCUGCCUCUAUUCCAACUCUUCCAAAUGGUUUAGUGGCAGCCAACUGAGGGUUCAUCUGGACAUCCAAGUGGGUGAGCACGCCGUGGAUUAUGGCAGUGUUGCCCAGAAGGAGAAGUUGACGGAACUUCAGCUCCGUGUACGACAACUCUUGGACCAAGUGGAGCAGAUCACCAAGGAGCAAAACUAUCAAAGGUACCGAGAGGAGCGUUUCCGUCAAACAAGCGAGAGCACAAACUCUCGCGUCCUCUGGUGGUCAGUGGUGCAGACCCUUAUCUUGGUACUCAUGGGAUUCUGGCAGAUGCGUCACCUCAAGAGCUUCUUCGAGGCCAAGAAGCUCGUCUGACUUCACUCGCUGUCGAAUUAUGUGCGCGUACAAGUGUCACCAUGUUCUUUUUUCUCCUCCUCUUACGGUGGUUUAAAAGGCUCCUACGGGCAAAAACACUGUGUUUCAAUCAUUCUUUUCAUUUCAACGAGAAUUGGCAUAAAGAGCCAGGUGGAUUCGUAGGCAGUGUCCAGGACUUUGGGCUCGUUUAUAGAGAUAAUUAGGAACGUUUAGGAUGGUGUUUCCUCUUGUUUUAUGACUGCGUUUAAUUUAUGGCUUUUUUUUUUUAAUCAUCUCCGAUAGUUGUAAUAAAUUCCGUUAUUUUCACAUUUUA